AUUUUUUUCUUGGUUGGUGAGUGGAGAUGGAAUAAGCCAAUAGAUUUGUGGCUUAUAUGUCCAAAAUUAAUCAUUAAAGACUAACGAGAAUAAAUGCAAAAAUAAGAUGAAGAGAAUAAUCAGCUGUUUCAACUUAUAUUUUCAUAUUAACAAGAAAGCAAUCAAAAUUUAGAAGUAAAUUAAUGCAAGAAGACGGAUCCAAGUCGAUUGGAAUAAUAACUUUUAGCUUUUGUUGGAUAACACGAAUAGCACUUCACUUAAAAAUUUAAAUAAAAAAAAAUUUUGCUACUAAUUAUAUUUCAAAAAGACUAAUAUAAAUUACAAUGUCUGAAAAGAGAAGACGUUAUAGAAAAUCAAAGGAAGAAAAACGUUCUUCAGCAUUGGCAGCAACGUUUAAAGAAUUGAAUAUACAACCUAAAAUUUUGUUGAAAACUAAAAAUGAACUUAAAACAGAAAAUGAUUCCCGUGGAUCAACUGUCAAUACCGAGCUGAUGAAUCCCGUUACUGUACAAGUGCCACAGAAAACCAUAAUUUUUACCAAAAAUGCACAAAGUCCGGCCAUGAGUCCGAAUACUAUCCGAGACCAAACUAAUAACAGUAAUAACGAUGCCUCUCAACAAGCACAAGUUGUUGAACCUGUACCGCAAAUGACUCGCCCUGCUACAGUCAUUUCCUCUGUUGGUUUGAUUAUAGAUUCGGCUAAAAAAUUACUAAUGAAAAAUAAUAGCGAUUUUAUGGUAGUGGGUGUGAUAGGCACUCAAGGUGUGGGGAAAUCUACUAUUCUCAAUUUAUUAGCCAAUGAGCAGCCCGAUUUCAAUUAUUAUCGUAAAGUAUUUGUGGAGGAAGACAGUGUCUUUCCUACCAAGUUAAAACUGAAUAAGUGUUCGGCUCGCUCACGUACUGAGUCAACUCAUAUGUUUAUUACCCCAGACCGUUUGAUAUUGUUAGAUACUCCUCCGGUAUUAUCUAAUGCUUACAAAAAAGACAUGACCAACAAUGAAUUGGAUGAUUUAACUAAUAUUAUCACUUUGCUAUCAGCUUGCCAUCUUCUUAUCGUGGUAAUGGAUGAUUAUUUUAAUUUAAAUUUUUUGAAUUUGUUACGUUUCGCGGAAUUAAUGAAACCAUCUCAAGACGUUAAACCAUUUUUACACAACUACUUUCCCAAUGUGUUGUUUGUAAAGAACCAUGCUAAACGCUUGGAUUUUGCUCAAGCUAAUACAACAAUUCUUGAGAACAUUCUUAAGUCUCUGUUCAGAGAUUCGCAAUUGCGCAUCUAUCGGGGACAAAGCAUGGAUUAUAUACAACAAGAUGGACGGACUUUAUUAUCGAAACAAAGGAAAGCACGAUCAUCGGAUGUUGAAAGGGCGGUCAAUGUUUUUUUAUUACCUGAAAUUAAAUCUGAGGAGGCUACAUGUUAUCAUGAAUCACUUUCGACUAUUGUGGAACAAUUGCGUUGUUUAGUCUUUUCAACACCUCGUAAUCAAAUGUACGUUGGGCCUACGGACCUAACCGAAGAAAUAUGGUUCGAAUGGCUUGGAAAGGUAUCACAAUCUGUAGAUCAUUUCUUUUUUAAGACAUAUGGAGAUAUACAGCGCAAAUAUUUGGACGCAGCUCCGGGCGCUAAAGAGAAUGCGACAAACAGUUCCAAAGAUCUAGAAUCUUGGAGAGAUUAAUAAAGGCGAUUUAUGCUUUUGGUUAUUUUUCCUUUUCUUUUAA